AUGAUUAAUACCAUUUUGAUAUGUUUGGGCUUAAUCUUCAGUAUCAUUUCAGCGACAAACUCUACUGGAAAUGAAACGGACUAUUUAAAGCAUCGACAGAAUUUAUCUAACCAAUCUAAUCAUACUACUUGGGAAAAUAUACAAUCAUUAAGCAAUAUUAGUAGUAUUGAUAUUGGGGUUAAUAAUGGGUCUGUGCCAGUUGAUGCCUCAAUAAAACAUCAAUCUAGCAGCCUUGUUGCUGUACCUACCUUGAAUUCGUUACGUUGUCCUACUAUUCAAGUCGAUAAACCUGAUCAAACUGUUUCAAAUAAUCUUACUACAAAUUUGGAUAAUAAAACAGAUUCAAAUAGUACAUUUUUAUCAUUUAAUGAAUGGAGAGAAGCUAAGCUUAGUGAGAUUCCAUCUAUACUAGAUAGACCAUUAAAGACAAAGGCCCCAGUUGAUGCCAGCUGUUACAAAGAAAAUAAUGUUAUAGGAGAAGAAAUGGAAAUAGAUGUAGGGGUAUUCACUGAUUCAUCUGAUGAAGAUGAAAAAGAAGAUGGGCCAGCUGUAAAAAUAUAUAAGGACAAAUUUAAUUAUGCUUCUAUUGAUUGUGCGGCAACUAUAAUGAAAUCUAAUUCUGAUGCUAUUGGUGCCGGUUCAAUAUUGAUAGAAAAUAAAGAUUCAUAUUUAUUGAACCCAUGUUCUGCACCUAAUAAAUUUGUUAUAAUCGAGUUAUGUCAAGAUAUCUUGGUAGAAGAGAUAGUGAUGGCAAAUUUUGAAUUCUUUUCGUCGACCUUUAAAGAUAUUAAAUUUUUAGUGUCAAAUAGGUAUCCUGUUUCUAAGAGUGAGUGGAAAACGUUGGGUACAUUCCAGGGAGAAAAUUCAAGAGAUAUCCAAAAGUUUAAGAUUGAAAACCCUCAAAUUUGGGCAAGAUAUUUGAGAAUUGAAAUACUAUCACAUUAUGAUGAUGAAUUCUAUUGUCCUAUAUCGAUUGUAAGAGUUCACGGUAAAACUAUGAUGGAUGAAUAUAAGAUGAGCAAUAUUAAAGAAACGUCUGAGGAUGCCCCUUGUAUUGAGAAUUCUGAAGAAGUCAGUUUGAAAGAAACGACCAUUGUUGAAAAUUGUGAUCCAUUACCUGAUAUCCCGCCAGAAAAUAUAACUGAUAUAUCUAACUUAUCGAAAAUGUCUGGAAUAUGUACUUCACAAAUAGUACCGUUAAAAUUCGAUCAAUUUUUGAUGGAUUUCAACAAUAGUUACUGUCCACCAAAGGCGACUAAAGAUAUGCAGAUUACAUCUUCCUCUGUUUCUUCAAGUUCCACUGAAGAAUCCAUUUUUAAGAAUAUUAUGAAGAGACUGAGUAUCCUUGAGAAUAAUGCUACGUUAACUGUUUUGUACAUUGAAGAGCAAAGCAAGUUGCUUUAUAAAUCGUUUGAAAAAUUAGAAAAAAACCAUGCAACGAAAUUUUCUGACUUAAUUGGAAUCUUCAAUGCAACAGUAGUCAGCAAUUUGGAUGCUUUGGGAGAUUUUGCAAACCAGUUAAAAGAACAGUCAUUAAAAAUCCUGGAAGAGCAAAAAUUAAAUAAUGAUCAUUUCACAACACAAACAGAACACAGGUUGAAAAGAAUGGAAAACCAACUUGGAUACCAAAGGAGAUUAAUUUAUUCAAUGUUGUUUUUCGUAGCUGGGUUGGUGUUGUUCCUGAUUUUAAACAAAGAGAUAACCCUUGAAGAUGACAACGACGGUAAUGACUGGAUUAUUACUGCUCCGCCAUUGGAAAAAUUAAAGAAAUUUAAUAGCUCUAUGAGCUCUACAUAUAAAGAAGGGAUGGGUACGGAGAAAACCUUAUUCAGAAGUCCAUCAAACUCUUCACUUUCUGCAUCGUCGAUCAUAGAACCGUUGCCAGAAGAGAAUGACAGCAAUAGCAAUUACAAUAGUGAUAUCGAUGAAAAUGUAUCUAAGUCAUCACAAUCCGAAGACAAUGUGAACGACCGAAUAAAUGAAACUUUAAAAUUAUCAGAUAUCGCUAAAGAAGACUUGAUGGACGAGGAAGAUAUGGAAUGGGAGUUUUGA